GGCGAAAAUCUAAGCGCCAAGCAAAAUGGUUCUUUCUAGGACCUUGAAGAGCUCUGGAUUCGUGACACAGUAGAAACACGAGCACGGAAGUCACAUUUCUGGUGAUGGCUCAGCAGGCGGGAGCGGGGCGCCGGUACGUUCGGGCAUUUGUGAGUGGAUUCUUCGUGGCGGUGCCAGUCACUGUCACUGUUUUGGAUCGCUUUGCCUACGUAGCGCGGGUAGAGGGGGCUUCAAUGCAGCCCUCCCUGAACCCCGAAGGGAACGUGACCGGGUCUGAUGUGGUGCUGCUGAACCGCUGGAGUGUGAGGAACUAUCAAGUACGACGAGGUGACAUUGUGUCAGUCCUAUCUCCCAAGAACCCCCAGCAGAAGAUCAUCAAGCGUGUCAUAGCCCUAGAGGGAGACUUCAUCAAGACGCUUGGAUACAAGAACCGCUAUCUCAAGGUACCGGAUGGCCACUUCUGGAUUGAGGGGGACCACCAUGGUCACAGUCUGGACAGCAACAGCUUUGGACCGGCUCUCCGGACACCCUGGAGAGCUAGGUGCAGUGUAAAGUGCUGCGUGUGGUGUAGUCACGGAGUGAGCUGUCAGGUCUUUGGUGUCCAGACAACUCAGAUGAAUGUCGUGUGGCACAUCAGGGGCUUUUUCUUUUUUCAGGUGUCUCUGGGCUUGGUCCACGGCCGCGCCUCCCACAUCAUCUGGCCACCCAAUCGUUGGCAGAGGAUCGAGCCGUCCAUACCCCCUGAGCGGAUGCCCCUGCUGAACUGGCACGCAGAUGCAACAGAGGACGAAGAGAAGGACUGAGGCCUGCUGGUGGCCAUAUCUAUCCUCUAUCUCCUGUCGUACAUUAGAGGCAACGUGAUAAAUACAGAAGAUGGUCUUUUUGCCGAAAAGGAUUCAACCCACGCUUCAGAUGUACAUCUGCAGACAGCGACCCGGGCCCCUGGAUCACCGGGCCACAAAGCUCUAGGUUCUAGUGGCCAUGCUGCAGUACGACCAUCUGCAUCAGGCAUUGCCUUUAGCCGUCAGCCAUAGACGGAAUGCUUGAAAUCUGACAGCUGCUUUACGAUCUGUGCGACAUUGCGUCCGUGCUCAAGAACCGAAGAGGUUUGAUUCUUUGUGGCUGACAUGCAAGUUCAUUCUUUCUUGUGCAUAGUAAUAAAUGAGAGGUUUUAUUAUUUCUGUCAGGUUUUCGGGUGUAGCAGGUAGAAUAUCAGAUUGAUGCAACGCUGGUGGCACUGUGUUGUAACAAGUGUAGUGUAGCUGAAGUGUAAGUGCAAUUCCAGAUGAAGUUAACACUGACUGUAAUAUUACUAUAUUUAUAUUCCCUUCUUUUCACUGUAGUGUUUUUGCAUGUGCGGUUUUUGCUAAAUUAUACCAUAGUAUUCUAUUCACUGUGAAAAACACUGCAGCAGGGAUUUUACAGGCUACUAUGGUAUUUACUGUAGUGAUUUUACAGACAUAACUGUAGUAUUUGCUGUUCUAUACUGUAGUAUUUGCCUUCAUGUUCUUAAGCAAAAAGCAGAGGAUUUUUCCUUCAGGAAACCUACUAGAUAAACAAUAAAAAGGCAAGCAUAUAUUAUGUAGGUGGUACUGUGAUCGGAAUGGUAGUUCAGUUCUUAAGCUUUUUUCCAUUUUGCAAAGAAAAUAUUUACUACUAUGUACAGAGUCCUCUACUAUUAUUGGACCCCCUUGGUAAACAUAAGCAAAAUAUAAGAUAUUUUUAUUGUUACACUUCAAAUACAAAAGAAGUCAAAUUGUUCACAGUCAUUUGUUUAAAAUCUUUCAGAAUUAGUGGCAACCCUAAAAAUGGUUAUUAACCAAAUUUAAUAGAAGUAUUUUUCCCAUUCAUAUGUUUUCUUAGGAACUCCUAAGAAAACAUCAAUAAUGUUGUCAUCAAUAAUUUCCUGUUUCACUAGGGUAUACAUGUGAGAUGACACACAUGCCAAACUUCUUAACACGGUGGAAGGUCGGAGACAAACCAUUAGGCAAUGGCAUAAGUUAGACGGUGGCAUUUAGGCCACUAACAACUAGGUGGGUUUAGCAUAAAAAGAGGGAAGGCCAUGAACACUGAUGUGUGGCAAAGGGUGUGUGAUGUUGUGGGGGUGUUUUGCUUCCAAAGGCCUGGAAAGCUGGUUAGGAUACAUGGCAAUGAUAUUCUUUCAUAGUCUCAUCUUAACCAAGACUACCAUUAUUGUGAGGGACAAUGUAGCAUUAAGUUGAUUUUAGCCAUGGGAAACAGAUAUAGGGGAAGGCAAUAGAUGGGGCAUAUGAAAAUAUAUAUUAUGUUAAUACAAUGUGUAUACUAUAGAAUGACAGUAUAUGGUCAAUGCUAGAUUAUCAAAGUAUAUGUAUAGUAUUCUACAGCAUUUGCACAUACCAUUUUUGUGUAAUUUACAACCUGCCUUAAUCUUAAAACCAAACUCAACAAGAUUGCAUUAUCAAAUACAGUGGAUAACAUUCCCUUACAGGCCCAAACAACAUCAGCAAAUUCUGUUGGACAUAUUUGAAUAAUGCUUGCAUUGUUGUCUGUUUUAAGUAGGAGGUUGUCCCACAGUUUGUGUAUGACGAUGUCAUGUGCUGAAGUUACCUUUAACAUUAUGCAGCUGUUGGGCAAACAUCAUUAAAGU